GCUGUUUCCGGAAGUCGCGGCCGGCGUCAUCGCUGCUGCUGCCUCAGCUAGUGCCGCUGUCGCCGCGGAAUUCGGCGAGUACAGCUGCUGAGGCGGGCGCGGGCCCGGGCGGGGCCGGGGUUCCGGCCACUCUGCAGAAUGGAGAUAAUCAGGAGCAGUGCGUGUCCGCCGUACACCUCCCCGCCUCCCCACACCCGGCUGCCCCUGGCCUGCUAGGCCGAGACCAUGGCCGGCGUGUUUGGCUGGGCCUGGGGCUGAGGCAGCCCCUCAGGGCUUUUCCCUCCUUAAGCCGAUUUUAAGAGUAAUCUUCACAAAGUGUACCAGGCCAUAGAGGAGGCCGACUUCUUCGCCAUCGAUGGGGAGUUUUCAGGAAUCAGUGAUGGGCCUUCAGUCUCUGCAUUAACAAAUGGUUUUGACACUCCAGAAGAGAGGUAUCAGAAGCUUAAAAAGCAUUCCAUGGACUUUUUGCUAUUUCAGUUUGGCCUUUGCACUUUUAAGUAUGACUACACAGAUUCAAAGUAUAUAACGAAGUCAUUUAACUUCUAUGUUUUCCCGAAACCCUUCAAUAGAUCCUCACCAGAUGUCAAAUUUGUUUGUCAGAGCUCCAGCAUUGACUUUCUAGCAAGCCAGGGAUUUGAUUUUAAUAAAGUUUUUCGAAAUGGAAUUCCAUAUUUAAAUCAGGAAGAAGAAAGACAGUUAAGAGAGCAGUAUGAUGAAAAACGUUCACAGGCGAAUGGUGCAGGAGCUCUGUCCUAUGUAUCUCCUAACACUUCAAAAUGUCCUGUCACCAUUCCUGAGGAUCAAAAGAAGUUUAUUGACCAAGUGGUAGAGAAAAUAGAGGAUUUAUUACAAAGUGAAGAAAACAAGAACUUGGAUUUAGAGCCAUGUACCGGGUUCCAAAGAAAACUAAUUUAUCAGACUUUGAGCUGGAAGUAUCCGAAAGGCAUUCAUGUUGAGACUUUAGAAACUGAAAAGAAGGAGCGAUAUAUAGUUAUCAGCAAAGUAGAUGAAGAAGAACGCAAAAGAAGAGAGCAGCAGAAACAUGCCAAAGAACAGGAGGAGCUGAAUGAUGCUGUGGGAUUUUCUAGAGUCAUUCACGCCAUUGCUAAUUCGGGAAAACUUGUUAUUGGACACAAUAUGCUCUUGGACGUCAUGCACACAGUUCAUCAGUUCUACUGCCCUCUGCCUGCGGACUUAAGUGAGUUUAAAGAGAUGACAACAUGUGUUUUCCCCAGACUCUUGGAUACUAAAUUGAUGGCCAGCACACAACCUUUUAAGGAUAUCAUUAACAACACAUCCCUUGCGGAAUUGGAAAAGCGGUUAAAAGAGACACCUUUCAACCCUCCUAAAGUUGAAAGUGCCGAAGGUUUUCCAAGUUAUGACACAGCCUCUGAACAACUCCACGAGGCAGGCUACGAUGCCUACAUCACAGGGCUGUGCUUCAUCUCCAUGGCCAAUUACCUAGGUUCUUUUCUCAGCCCUCCAAAAAUUCAUGUGUCUGCCAGAUCAAAACUCAUUGAACCUUUUUUUAACAAGUUAUUUCUUAUGAGGGUCGUGGAUAUCCCCUAUCUAAACUUGGAAGGACCAGACUUGCAGCCUAAACGUGAUCAUGUUCUCCAUGUGACAUUCCCCAAAGAAUGGAAAACCAGCGACCUGUACCAGCUUUUCAGUGCCUUUGGUAACAUUCAGAUAUCCUGGAUUGAUGACACAUCAGCAUUUGUUUCCCUUAGCCAGCCCGAGCAAGUAAAGAUUGCUGUCAAUACCAGCAAAUAUGCAGAAAGCUAUCGGAUCCAAACCUAUGCUGAAUAUAUGGGGAGAAAACAGGAAGAGAAGCAGAUCAAAAGAAAGUGGACUGAAGAUAGCUGGAAGGAGGCUGACAGCAAACGGUUAAACCCCCAGUGCAUACCCUACACCCUGCAGAAUCACUAUUACCGCAACAAUAGUUUUACAGCUCCCAGCACAGUAGGAAAGAGAAAUUUGAGUCCUAGUCAAGAGGAAGCUGGCCUGGAGGACGGAGUGUCAGGGGAGAUUUCCGACACUGAGCUUGAGCAGACCGAUUCCUGUGCAGAGCCCCUCUCAGAGGGAAGGAAAAAGGCCAAGAAAUUAAAAAGAAUGAAGAAGGAGCUUUCUCCAGCAGACUAUUUUGCAACACUCCUCUUGACGUUGAAAAGAAAAUGCUAUGACACUUGGUUACUGCUGAGGCGAGGCCAAACCACCCUCUCCAGACCUGGGAAACCAGGGGAUGAACCCACCAUGUGGAAUUCAGAUGGGCCUUCUGGCUACCCCAGGGGCCUCCAGCUCAGCUUCCUGGGCGUGUCAGAGAGGCGUGCCAGGAGCCAGAGCUGAGGAAUGAGGCUGGGCUUACUGCCACCCAGGAGGAGUCCCUCUGGAGAGCCUCAGAAAGUACCUGCAAUGGCAAUACAACAGAAGAGCCUCUAAAUAUCUCCUUUUGGGGAUACGGCAGGAAAGCCAAAGGAAAUGUGAAGAGAUGUCUGAACGCCCAGAGGAAACCAGUGGGCCCUUCCAGGAGUUCUAUUUGCGGUAAGAAACCUUGGCAUGGGGCAGCCAGCUCUCCUGCAAAAAUAGACCAAUGUGCUGAGAAGCAGCUCAAUUCUGGGAGCAAUUCCCCUCCAUGGGGAAGAGAGCUUGCACUGGGACUUAGAAGGAUCUGCCCCCUCUCUUCUUCUUGCCCCUGGACUCCAGAACCAAAAACGGGGAGAAAAAAAGGUAAACAUUUUUUUAAAAAAGAACUCUUGGCCAGGUGGAGUGGGACACACCUGUAGUCCCAACACUUUGGGAGGCUGAGGCAGGAGGAUCACUUGAGGCUAGGAGUUUGGGACCAGCCUGGACAACAUGGCAAGACCCUGUCUAUCAGAAAAAUACAAAAAUUAUCUGGGUGUGGUGGCACAUGCCUGUAGUCUCAGCUACUUGGGAGGCUAAGGCAGGAGGAUUGCUUGAGCCUGGGAGGUCGAGGCUGCAGUGAGCUAUGAUCAUGACAGUGUACCCCAGCCUGAGUGACAGAGUGAGAAACCCAUCUCUUAAGAAAACAAAAAACCAGAACUUAUGAAUGUAUCCAUGACUUAAAUAAAAAAUGGGCCAGUGGAAACACAGGGCAAAGGAAGGUUUCAAAUAAGCACCUGGACACAAACGGACCCAGGAGGUGACACACAGUAUUGAGGACCCACUCCCCAUCACUAGGUCCUUUGGCCCCAAAUGAGUGAGAUGACUAAGAAAAUAGGGCACCAUGUGCGGCAGAAGUGAGGGUGGCUAGACAGAAAAUGACGGCCUUGACUGUGAUGGUCAUCACAGACAGGACCCCUAAGAAAGGUGGCCAAGGGGGUCUGGGGACCCAUCUUUAGAAUACCGGGCUGACAGCAUAACAGGGGUUUGGGACACCACCAUGAAAGAAGACAAUGAAGCCAGGUGCAGUGGCUCACGCCUAUAAUCCCAGCACUUUGGGAAGCCAAGGCAGGAAGAUUGCUUGAGUCCAGGAGUUUGAGACCAGCCCGAGCAACAUAGCAAGACCCCCAUCUCUACUAAAAAUUUUAAAAUUAGCCAAGCAUGGCUGGGCACGGUGGCUCACGCCUGUAAUCCCAACACUUUGGGAAGCCAAGGCAGGUGGAUUACGAGGUCAGGAAUUCGAGACCAGCCUGACCAACAGGGUGAAACCCUGUCUCUACUAAAAAUACAAAAAUUAGCCGGGUGUGGUGGCAGGCUCCUGUAACCCCAGCUACUCAGUAGGCUGAGGCAGGAAAAUCGCUUGAACUCAGGAGGUUCAGUAAGCCAAGAUCAUGCCAUUGCACUCCAGCCUGGGUGACAGAGUGAGACUCCAUCUCAAAAAAAAAAAAAAUUAGCCAAGCACAGUGGCAUAUGUCUGUAGUACCAGCUACUUGGGAGGCUGAGUGAAGAGGGAGGAUUGCUUGAGGCCAGGAGUUGGAGACCAGACUGGGCAACAUAGCGAGACCUCGGCUUGGAA